CCUGCCUCUCUCACCAACAAGCCAAAGGAAAACCAUUGUUAAACAAAAGCAAUGGCUCUCACCAACUCAUCCAUUCUUCCCACCAACUCCAUCCUUCAAUCUCCGUCGUCAAAGCCUUUCUCCAAGGCUAAGCCAUUAUCUCUCGUUCGGAUCUCCGCCGUCCUGUCUUCCGACUCCCCUAAAAACCCCGUUGUCUCCGACAAAUCCGUCAAGCAGCCUGCUACUGCUCCACUCGCCGCCGCCAAAUCUGCUUCCUCUCCCGCCACUGCUCCACCGCAGAAUGCGGUGCCCGGAAAAUGGACCGUGGAUAGCUGGAAGUCUAAGAAGGCUUUGCAGCUUCCGGAAUAUCCGGAUCAGGCGGAGCUUGAGUCGGUUCUGAAGACUAUCGAUGCUUUCCCUCCGAUUGUAUUUGCUGGAGAGGCUCGGAGUCUCGAGGAAAAGCUCGGGGAAGCCGCCAUGGGAAGCUCUUUUCUGUUACAGGGCGGAGAUUGUGCUGAGAGUUUCAAAGAGUUCAACGCCAAUAACAUUCGUGACACUUUCCGGAUCCUUCUUCAGAUGGGUGCCGUUUUGAUGUUCGGCGGUCAAAUGCCCAUUAUCAAGGUAGGGAGAAUGGCAGGGCAAUUUGCAAAGCCGAGAUCGGAGCCAUUCGAGGAGAGGGAUGGAGUGAAGCUGCCGAGUUAUAGAGGAGACAAUGUAAACGGGGACGCAUUUGAUGAAAAGUCAAGAAUUCCUGAUCCGCAGAGAAUGAUUCGAGCUUAUUGUCAAUCAGCAGCUACUUUGAAUCUUUUGAGAGCUUUUGCCACGGGAGGUUAUGCUGCCAUGCAAAGGGUUACUCAAUGGAAUUUGGACUUCACGGAACACAGUGAGCAAGGAGAUAGGUACCGAGAACUAGCAAGUCGUGUGGAUGAGGCCCUUGGAUUUAUGGCUGCAGCUGGACUUACAGUUGACCAUCCUCUCAUGACAACAACUGAUUUCUGGACUUCGCAUGAGUGCUUGCUCUUGCCAUACGAACAGUCGCUUACUCGUCUUGAUUCUACAUCUGGCCGUUACUAUGACUGUUCUGCUCAUUUCCUAUGGGUUGGGGAACGUACAAGACAGUUGGAUGGUGCUCAUGUUGAGUUCUUGAGAGGAGUUGCUAAUCCCCUUGGAAUUAAGGUGAGCAAUAAGAUGGAUCCAAAUGAGCUAGUGAAGCUGAUCGGGAUUUUGAACCCUCAGAACAAACCUGGAAGGAUUACAGUUAUCACAAGAAUGGGUGCUGAAAACAUGAGAGUGAAGCUUCCUCAUCUAAUUAGGGCAGUGCGCCGUGCUGGGCAAAUUGUCACCUGGGUCAGUGAUCCAAUGCACGGAAACACCAUCAAGGCUCCUUGCGGUCUCAAAACUCGCCCCUUCGAUUCCAUAAGGGCUGAAGUGAGAGCUUUCUUCGAUGUGCACGAGCAAGAGGGAAGCCAUCCCGGAGGUGUUCAUCUUGAGAUGACAGGCCAAAAUGUGACGGAAUGCAUCGGGGGAUCCCGGACCGUUACAUUUGAUGACUUGAGUUCAUGCUACCAAACCCACUGUGACCCUCGGCUGAAUGCCUCUCAAUCUCUUGAGCUUGCCUUCAUCAUUGCAGAGCGCCUUAGAAAGAGGAGGAUCAACUCACAGCAACAACUGAUCACAGGGCUGUAAAGUUGCGCUCAGGAUAUAUCCACCAGGCUUACCUAGAUGUUUUCAGUUUGUGAUUCUUUAGUUUCGUCCUGUAUUUUCAUGCGUAUAGUGGAGAAAGAAGGUUGGGAUUUGAGAGGGAAUAAAAAAGCUUAAGCUAUGACUGAAUUCUAAAUAUUAAGGAUGUUGUCUUAAUACAGGUACAGAGAAGGCGAGAGCUGAUGUUUUCAAAUGAAA